UAAAUAAACUCAACAAACUGUAGCAGCUAGAUGCGUAAUUGUUUUUCACCAUGGUUAGACAGGUUGUGAGAGUUGAAUAUGAUGGUUGUGCACAAUGAAGUCAAUAAGUGUAUAUAUUGUUAGUUGCUUUCUUUGGACGAAAAUCUUAGAAAUAUCUUCAACAAAUAAUUAUUAUGAUGGAUUGAUAAAACACCUAAACGAAAAACAACCUCGUCAAGUGGUGUUUAUUCUUGAAAAUGAACUUGAUAUUGAUGAUCCAGUAAUGAAUUCUCUUAUGACAGCAAUUAAUAUGAAUUUCCCAUCAUUGAUUAUGACCUAUGACAUAAUAAAUCGUCAAAGUCGAAAAGAAUUGGACUAUUAUUUUAAAUUAGGAGAUUCAACAAUGUUUGUUCUACAAAAUAAAACUAAUAAAUGUGAGGAUAUACUAGUAAAGAUCCCUUAUAUUUUUAAGCCAAGAAUUUUAAUUAUAAAUUCUUGUCUUUCAAGUCAAAAUGAUCUUAACAACAAGUUACAAUUGCAAUGGUGGAAAAAAAGUUUAGAUAUUUCUGUAUUGUCACACAAUCAACAAUGGAAAGUUAUGCUUAACGAAAGUCAUAAACACGAGGUACCUUUUAUAAGUCAAAUAAGUCGUUGUGCUAAAACAGUUUUCUUUGAAAAUUUGUCAUCUGAAAGCCAAUGGUUUCGAAAUUCCUGUAAUCAUAAUUUUAAAUUAAAAAAUAUUGUUAAAUCAACAUUAAGUUCAAAAGUUCUGGAAAAAAACGAUUUUUUAAGACGGCUGGUGACUAUUUUAGGAUUUAACAAUUAUAAGUUUGUUAUUCCAAAGACGUUUAAACACUCUAAUGACCUGAUUCUGUCUGAAGAAUUUGGAAACUUACUCUUGGGAACAAUUGGCAUGAUUGGCAUCAUCCGAUUAGCAGCUUUUUAUAUGAAAUUCGAGAGAAAUACAUGGCAAAUAUUAAAUAUCAGUCAAAUUAUAAUUGGAAUGCCUACUGCUCGUGAACCGAGAAAAUUUUCGGAAAGAUUAGUUUAUGGUUCACUAUUGAUAACAUGCAUUGUCUAUUCUAGUUAUUUUUAUUCAGUUAUUUUGGACAUCACUUGUCCACUAAAUUCCAAUAUAAUCACUCUCGAAGAACUUGCUAAUUCAUCUUUAAAAAUUAUAGGCAGUUUCGAAAAAACUAUUUCAUUAGAAUUAUUAAGUCAUCAUAAUCCUAACAUUGCAAAAAUAGUAAAAAAAAUAGAAUAUUCACCUAACAAAGAAGAAGAAUACAAUGAUUAUUGUAUGAGAUACUUGAUUGAACAUCAGAACAUAUCUUGUCUUUUCCUGAAUGCUGAGAACGUCGUUAAUGAGUACUGCGGUAAAAAUGAGGUAAAUGUUAAAAUAGUGGACGAAAUUAUUUAUCAAGAUAUCAAUGCCAUCUUUACUUCGCUGUUUUGUCCUAAAACUCGCCCUGGUACUCGCCAAAGUAAAUUACUUCGAUAUGCUAUUGAAUUUGGGCUGCUUAAAGAUCUUUUUCCCUCAAAUGUACGGAACACCAACAUUUUGCUGCCAGAGAAUACUGAGAAGGAAAAAUUGUUCUUUGUACUAUUUCGUGUAUUAGCUAUUGGAUAUUCUCUUUCUUUAAUUUCUUUUCUGAUUGAAAUUUCUACAGCAAUAUUUGGACGCAGAAUGUAUGCUCUUUACACGAGAUUUAGAUUUGCAAAUUAAAGAAACUUAUAUUAUGUGGCAAAAAUAAUAAUUCUACAACUGAGAUUUUACCUUUAAAAUUCAAA